AUGUCGACUGAACUAAGGUCCCAGAUCGUUUCGAAAGAAACGUUAAAAAUGGUCAUAAUCAUUGUUACGUUUAUAAUAAUACCCGUGUUUUGCCUUUUGGGAACCAUCGGAAAUACACUUAGUAUCAGAGUGCUUGCAAACAAACGUAUGCGCAAUCAAAUCAAUUAUGUCUUGUUAAAUUUGUGCAUAUCAGACACGCUGUUUCUCAUCCAUUGUCUCCUGUACACCUUCAUCAACGUAUAUCGCCAGAUGCGUCCACUGGAAGGGGAAGCAUUUAGAUCUAGGGUGUACCCUUUUGUUGGUGCCUACGGAAGUGUUAUCACCGCGAGAUUUACUUCCUGUUUAACGACUUUACUAUCUGUGCAACGAUUCAUCGCUGUGUUUUAUCCAAUGCAGGCCAAAACCAUUUGUACAAAACGGAAUACUCUUGUAGCUAUUUUGAUAAUAUAUUUCUUUACCAGUCUUUUGUUUAUUCCUUUUAUAUUUAAAUACGAAUCCGUGGAAAUUGUGCUGAGAAAUAAUAUUACAAGUCGAAUAAUGAAUAUAACAGAUUUUUAUAAACAUCAUGUAAAAUUGUACUCCGUGUAUGGAACUAUUUUAAACGUUUUGUUUCGAUUUGCACCACUUGUGGUGAUUUUUGUGUUGAACACAGUAAUGAUCAGGGUUGUUCACAGGACAUGGAAAGAGAGGCGGUCAAUGUCUAUACAAGAAAACAGCAGUCCAUCAGUAUUUCGUUCUCGUAGUAAAAACGGAGGUAGCCGCCCUGUCGGCUAUAACGACCAACAGAAAAUCACGAUUAUGUUGGUUACUGUGUCAAUGGUUUUCCUCAUUUGUAUUAUUCCAGGAGCAUUAAACAGCAUAGCUACACAUGUGUUCCGUUCGUACUCACCAGUAGGGGAAAACAAGAAUUUGUACAUGCUGAUCUCGACAAUCGCCUUUCUUUUGGAGACGAUAAAUUCUUCUGUUAAUUUUAUCAUCUAUAUGGCCAUGAGUAAACGGUUUAGACUGAUGAAUAAAGAAACUCUUUGCUGUGGAAACGGGGAAUAUUACCGGAAAAUAUCAUUCAGCUCAGUAAAAGAGCAGUUCCGUUGGUCAUCAAGUAAAAAACACAACAGAUAUCAGGAACACCCAUUGUUCGAUAGAAGAACUGUGAGCGAUAUUGGACCAUUAUUAAAUGUCUCAAAUGGAAAUGCAGGUGGCAGACGCUGGUCAGAUGAGGCCCACAGUGAAGGAUGUGAAUUAAGGAGUCACGAACGAGGAAGUGGUAUUGGUCAUAAAAUACCUGAAACUAUUUCUGAGGAGCCCAGUCCUCAACAGAGCAAGCACUGUCUUCAAAUACUACAAACAAAGACGCUGAAGAAGUUGUUGGUGUCCAAGCGGAAGAAGAAGACAAAGACUUCACUGUUACCGGAUAGACAUCUUAAAGAGUGCAAUGGAAAUUGUUCAAAUGGAGACAGUGUAGAUAUUAUGUAA